UUUAGUGUAAAUAAUCGAACAUGUUCCUCGAAUUUUCAAUAAUUUAAUUUAUUUAUUCUGUAUUAAUAAUCAUUUUAAUUAGUAGUUAAUUAAAUAUAACAAGUAAAUAACUAAUAACUUUAAUUAUUUAAUACUUUAGUUUUGCAUUGUGUUUCAUAUAUCUAAUAGGAAUUUAUUGAUUCGUCGUUCUGUUCAUUUAAAUCCACCAGAGACGUCAAUUUAUUAGAGAUUGCAGUAUUAAAGAGUCAAACACAAAAAUGUAUAAUGAAACAAAGAGGAUGGAACAAUCGUCUCGCAAUAUUUUUUGGUCCUCAAUGAUAUCUGGUGCUGCAGCUGGUCUAGUUUAUGAUGUUAUAUUUUUUCCAAUGGAAACAGUUAAAACGCGGCUACAAAGUAAACAAGGAUUCAUAAAAUCUGGAGGAUUUAAAAAACUUUAUCGUGGUCUUGGACCAGCUAUUGCUGGAUCCGCUCCUACUGCAUCACUUUUUUUUGCGACUUACGAAGGAUUCAAAGAAAUUGUUCAGCCUCAUGUCGAACAAAAACAUUAUCCAUUUGUUCAUAUGGGAGGAGCUUGUACUGCUGAGUUGAUGGCUUGUCUUGUUAAAGUACCUGUUGAGGUAUUGAAACAACGUCGGCAAGCGCUGUUAACUGAUACUCAUCCCGCAGUUCUCGGGUUAAGAACUUUAUACCGUGGGUAUGGUAUUACUUUACUUCGCGAUCUACCAUUUGGUUUAUUUCAAAUGCCCGUGUGGGAUUUUCUUAAACUAUUUUGGAAAAAUAAAAUGCAACGAGAUUGCACACCACUUGAAGGAGCAAUUGCGGGCGCGUUUGCUGGUUCUAUCUCAGCGGCGGUAACAACACCAUUUGACGUUAUAAAAACAAGAAUAAUGUUAAGUAAUAUAUCACAAAAAAGGGUUAAAAUUUUAGACACUAUGAAAGAAGUUUAUAACGAAAAAGGACUUAAGGGAUUAUUUACCGGAUGUUCGCUGAGGACUUUUGGUUUCGGACUCAGUGGUCUCGUAUUUUUCGGAGUUUAUGAACAAUCAAGAUAUAUUUGUUCAACAAUUUUAUUCUGUGAUUCACCAAAUGUAUAAAAUAAUAUUUAUUUAAAUUUUAUAAAUAAAUAAUUAUUGUAAAUAAAUAAAACAAGUGAAUUAGAUUUUAGAAUUUAAAAUGAAUGAUUGAAAUUCAUUAACAAAAAAAUAAAUUAGCAAAUGGUAAUAGAGUAAAUUAAACGAUAGUAUAUGGAUAGUAAAAUAAAUAUGAAUGAAGGGGGUGUAUGAAAGAAAAGUAUGUAAUGCAGUAGAUAGUAUAAAGACGGAUGUAUGUAACGGAGCAUUUAGAAAUUUGUAUUACGUGCUUGGACGCUUGAGUCAGUGCAUGUGCACAUAAUGUUACAUGGUGAACACAGGCGAAACGGUAUAAAGUGUGCACACGCGUGAGCAACGAAUCGUAUCCAUUUACCUAGAGUACCGCUCCUGCUUAUCAAAAGUAUUGUUCUUUCUUACUCUCUUUCUCUUUCUUUUACUCGUUAAAUUGUAUAUCUAUAUAUACAUAUAUAUUUGUAGUAUUUAGUGUUUGGAAUGAGGGUAAACUUGAUACGUGAUAUCGGAUGUGUGAUAAUAUAUAUGUGUUAAUAAAGCUCAUGAGGUCAGGUCUUCUUCAGGUCACUGGGGAAAUCACUAAGCCGUCAAGUAAAAAAUUUAAUCAUCAACUUUUUGUUGCAUAAAAGUAGAAACUCUUUUCCGUACUUUUACAAAAUUAACAUAUUUCAUUAAAUUUAUUUUAUUUAAAUUAGAUGAUAGAUUUUAAUUUAACUACCCAUGUAAAAAAAAUUGAAAAAAAAAAGAUUGAAAAAGUGUCGACUAUUCUAAACUCCAAAAAGUGACACAAUGACGAACUUUUUUAAAAAGAUUUUUAAGGAUGAGUAAUACUAACCGAAUUCUACGUUUUUGAAUACUCUUGUCACUCGAAUGAUUAAAAUCUUACGAAAAAGUUUGUCUUACACAUUUUUUUUUGAAGCUAUGAAAACUGCUGUUAUAACAAUUAAAUAAUAAAUUAAAAGAAGAGUAAAAUUCUAAAAUUCGGUUAUUACAGCCCAGCCUUAAGGGUAUUUUCAGACAGUGUCCCUUCCCCCCUCUUUUUAAAAAUAUUCAAUGACUUUCAACUGUUAUAACUAUAUUAAUAUUUUAUUAAUUAAUUGAAAAUAAUGAAAGCCCUAAUUGAAACAGGGCAACGUAGUUGCAAUUUCGUCGAGAUAUAGUUAAAAAAAAAAAUCUUACAGUUGUUAUCAACUAGAAGUUAAACGAAAUUUGGUAAAUAAAUUUUAGUAGAAUCUUUAAAUCAAUAUUACAACUCGAGUUUAAAAAUUUUGCAGGCUAAAUUUUGUUUGAUUCCUCAUUGAUGACAACUGUAAUUUUUUUUUU